AUGUUUGAGGCAAUCACGCAGAAGUCCACAAGCCCUUGUGAAAUUAGCUCGACUUUUCGUCCAUUUCGAGCCACAGUUAUCAGAACGAGCACAUGUGGCAUAUCCGAUGCGCUGCUGCCGGCAGCAUGCUGCACGAAAACUUCUAUCGGGGGCUCCGCAGUUCUAACGCAUCGACCGGUGAACGAGAUCCCAGUCGGCUUCGAAACGGGUCACGCGGCAAACCUCAACUUCACAAUCGGACAGCUGCCCUACUCCACGCUAUUCCAUAGUUGCGCACUCGAGAUCCCCACCCACUCUUUCUUGGCAGAACUGCACCAUGCCCACUUACUUUGCCCAAAAUGA